AUGGCGCGCACUCGAGCCCAAGAACACGCUGACGAAUCGAAACCAAUAUAUGCCCCGAAAGAACCCAAGCCUCGAGGACGCAGUGCAGCCACAGCAGAAGACCAAAGAAAGACGACCAGGCGCAAGGACAGGAAGCGCAAUGUGGAAGACGUGGAAAAUGCAAAAGAUGAGCAAGCUCCUGUCUCAAAAAAGAGUAAGACCGCAGAUUCGACAUCACCUGAAGACACGAAGCCAAACCCAUCCGCCGUUGACAUGAGUAAACUUGAUACUAUUCUAUCAAGCUACGGUGUACACCCUCUACAAGAUACGAGCCUCCCCAGACGGAAUGAACCUACGCCAGAAACCGUACUCGCUUUGCUCUACCUAGCCAUGCUCAGCUCCGCACGAAUCUCCCACGAAUUGGCAUACAAGAGCCUCCAGUGCUUGAUCGAAGCGGGCUACCAAGAUAUUGAAACGCUGAAAAGGAGUACAUGGCAGGAGCGGACUGAGGUCUUGACAAAAGGUGGCUACACGAGAUACCGCGAGAAGACAGCUACAGCCUUGGGCGAAAUGGCAGACUUUAUAGAGAAGGAAUACGGUGCGCUAUAUCUCAACGAUGGUUCUCCGACACAAAACCUGCCACUGACUCCUUUCACGAGUACAGACAACGAUCUCAACAAUCUCCUCAAGAAAGCAGAUUCGUCCCCCAUCAAAGUCCGGAAAUUGCUGCAGGGAAUCAAAGGCAUUGGCAAGGUCGGAACGGACAUAUUUUUCGACGUUGCCCAAGGCAUCUGGCCACCUCUGGCACCGUUCGUCGACCCUAGGAGUAUGGAGACGGCCAAGCACUGUGGUCUCGGCAGCGAUGUGGAGGCGCUGUGGGAUGCGGUCGGGAAAAAUCCAGUGGAGAUGUGCAAAUUGAGUUCGGCGCUCACCAUGGUACGGCUGGAGAAGAAAGAGAAGGAGUUUCGGUGA